AUUGCAAAAGAAGAAAGAGACAAGAGAGUACUAAUGCAUAAGAUAUACUUGGUUUUAAUGGUUUGUCAUGGGGUAAUUCGAAACAGGUGGUGUAAUGAUUAUCAAUUACUUGUAAGCUUGAGAAGAUUAGUAUCGCCCCAGAUUAUGAGUAGACUCGAUCAAGAUAACGCUGAUGUUCUAGAUAAUGUCAAAUCAAGACGGUUUUUGGAUGGUCUCCAAAUGAUCUUAAAGAUGUACUCUAAGAGAUUUCGAGUUAAAUCAAAAGGGUUAAUUAGGAAAAACUGGAAUGAGCUUUCAAUCAAACAAGACAAUGUUGAUAAUAAUAUAACUUUCAACCGAUUCAAAAGGUUAGUCUGUAAUUUCACUGGUUCUAGAGAUCUUGGGGCGCAAGGCUUUGUUGCUUUAUUACGAUCUAUAGGAUUGAAUUGUCGCUUGGUUUUCUCUUUACAGCCUCCUGAUUAUACUCUGGUAGCUUCUUUUCCUGCGAUAGAAUCGUCGACACCACCACCAGAACCAAAAAAGGAAUCACCUCCUAGUUCAAAAGACAGCUUACUCGAAAGACUACGCAAAGCUAAUACAAAUAACUCCAAAGCAAACAUGCUUUUAAAAAUGAGGUCAAAUGUGGCACACGAUUCACCUUCAAAGACAAACAAUCAGAAAAAUCAAAAGUAUACAUUCCCGGAUUCUGAUUACCCUGUAUUUUGGUGUGAGGUUUGGAACAAAUAUAACAGCAAGUGGGUAAGUAUAGAUCCUGUGGUAAAAGGUAUCAUCGAACAACCUCCAAUGAGAAGAAAAUCGAGUUUUGAACCUCCUUAUACCGAUCCAACGAAUCAAGCCACUUACGUUCUAGCGUAUGAUAAACUCGGAGGCAUUAAAGACGUUACUAGAAGGUAUUCGCAAUACUUCAAUGCCAGGACAGUUAAAAAAAGGAUAGGUUUCAGAUCAGAUGAAGAUCAAUUUUGGUAUACACAAUUAUUAAGAUAUUCUAACUCAUCCUUGCGUCGUGAUAACAUCAAUAAAAUUGAUGUGUUCGAGUCCAAGGAAUUUUACAAUCGAGAUUUAUCGGAAGGGAUGCCAAAUAGCUUGAACGAUUUCAAAAACCAUCCAAUAUAUGCUAUUGAAUCACAACUCCGACAAAAUGAGAUAAUCUAUCCCAAGGAUGAUACCAGUAAGUGUGGAACUUUCCGUAAUAAGGGAAGAGGCAGUAAAAAGGGUGAAGUAAUACCGGUAUACAAGAGAUCUCAUGUUUAUCUUCUAAGGUCAGCAAAGGCUUGGUAUAUGAGAGGACGGGUCUUAAAAAUUGGAGUCCAACCGUUCAAGACACGAAGGAAAGCGGGAAGCAUACAACUUGGAGACGAUGAUGAUGAGGAAGACAUUGUGAGACUUUAUGCCGAAUUUCAAACUCAAUUGUAUAUUCCACCACCCAUUGUUGAUGGUCAAAUACCUAAAAAUGCUUAUAAGAAUAUUGAUAUAUAUACCCCAACCAUGAUUCCAGAAAACGGAGCAAUAAUCGAGACUACAGGGAAAUAUACCAUGCGUAUGGCAGAAAGAGCUGCGAAAUACAUUCUUGAAAUUGACUACGCUAAAGCUAUCAUUGCAUUCGAUUUUGGAUCGAAAGGAGGAGGUAAAAAUCGUAAAGGAAAUAGAAUGCCUACUGCAAGGGAAGGGGGAAUCUUGAUAGAUAAGCAGUUUGAAGAAGCAAUGUAUUUAGUUUUAGAUUGUCUUGUUGAGGAAGAGGAGACAAGACAAAGAGAAGAUGUGGAAUUGAAUUCAUUAAGAAAUUGGAAAUACUUUUUAACCAAAUUGAGAAUCACUGAAAGAUUAAAU